GCGCCCUAAGCCCGCGCUCCGGAAGUGAAGCGGCCACUCCACCCGCUAAUGGACGCACAGCAGCCGCCGGAGAAACCGCUCUCGGCGCCAGGGAGCUGAAAGGACUCCAUGGGAGGAGAGCCGAUGGACCUUAGCACCAGAUGUGCUUGACAUUUUAAUAGAAAUUUUCCACUGGAAUUGUCAAUGCUGCACUAAAGUCCUGAGGACAGCUUGACUUGGCUGAAGGUAAGACACAUGUAUACUACUGUAUAGAGGUGUGUGACAUCUUCCUGAUCUGGAAGCUGAGUACGUGGCUCCUUGACUCUUGAAGAACAUUCUGGAACACAUAAACAGGAGUCCUUGCUUCCUGCUGUGUGAGUCCCCAGCGUCGGGUGCUAGAGUGGACACCACCUACCCACUGAUUAGAGAGAGAGGUGAGGUGACAGAAACCAGGAGACUGUUGUUCCAGGUGCCUCACAGUGACCAGAGUCAACACCACACAGCUACAACAAACCCUCGGAAACAGCAGCAAACGUACUGCAGAGCAACAGCCCACCUUACCUACCAUCAGCCUUGCUGUGGGUCUGAAGACAGACAGGGAGCGUCUGGUUCUUGCUACUGGGUGAAGAGACAAGGCAUUUGGUCCACAAGACUUUGAGCGGCUUGGAGACCAAGUGCAAAAGCACACCCUGGGACAAUGGCAGUGGCCCUGCUGGAGGAGUGGUGCAAGAUCAUGGGUGUGGAUGUCCAGAAGUCCCUGCUGGUGAUUGGCAUUCCUGUGAACUGUGGUGAGCUUGAGGUCCAGACAGUCCUACAGGAGGCGCUGAAGUGUGUGGGCAGCUACCGGCUACUGGGCAAAAUACUCCAGAAGCAAGACAAUACCAGUGCUGUCUUACUAGAACUUAUGGAGGACACGGAUAUGUCUGUGGUUCCCAGUGAGGUGCAGGGAAAGGGAGGUGUCUGGAAAGUGAUCUUCAAGACCCCUAAUCAGGACACUGAGUUUCUCCAAAGACUGAACCUCUUUCUAGAAAAAGAAGGGCAGACGGUCGCAGGGAUGUUCCGAGCCCUGAAGCAUGAGGGAGUGUCUCCAGCCACCACACCCUGCACAUCCCCCGAGUUAUUGGCCCACUUGGUAGGGCAGGCAAUGGUUCACGCCCAGAGGCCUCUGUUGCCUGUGAGGUACUGUAAGCUGAGAGUAUUCUCUGGGAGCACAGUAGCUGCCCCAGAGGAGGAGCCCUUUGAGGUUUGGUUGGAACAGGCCACUGAGAUAGCCAAAGAGUGGCCCAUCCCUGAGACAGAAAAGAAAAGGUGGGUGACAGAGAGCCUCCGUGGCCCUGCCCUGGACCUCAUGCACAUAGUACAAGCAGACAACCCUUCUAUCAGUGCAGAAGAAUGUCUGGAGGCCUUUAAGCAGGUGUUUGGGAGCAUGGAGAGCCGUAGAACCUCACAGGUCAAAUACCUAAAAACCUAUCAGCAAGAAGGAGAGAAAAUCUCAGCCUAUGUGCUCCGGCUGGAGACUCUGCUCCGGAGAGCUGUGGAAAAAAGGGCCAUCCCCCGGAACAUUGCUGACCAGGUACGUCUGGAGCAGGUCAUGGCUGGAGCCAACCUUAGCAACGUUCUUUGGUGCAGGCUACGGGAGCUGAAGGAUCAGGGCCCACUGCCCACGUUUUUGCAGCUGAUGAAGGUGGUCCGUGAGGAGGAAGAAGAAGAGGCCUACUUUGAACACGAGAGCAGAGAGGAGCCAGGGGAAAGGGAGGGCUCUGGCCGCUGGGACAAUUCAAGGAACAACUGACAGACAUCCCUACUCCAUUUCUGAUCUGGUAAUGCUUGACAAGGCUAAUCCCAUUCUAGUGCACUUUGCUUUAAAGUGCAGGACUGAAGUCAAGCAUUAGGAAUGAAGGUUUUGGGGUUUUUUGUUUUUCCUUUUUCUUUGGUUUUGAUAGGUUCUCACCUUAUAGCCCAGGCUGGCCUUGAACUGGUAUUCUUCCUGCCUCAGCCUUCCAAGUUUGGAGUUCUGGGAUUAGAGGAAUAUACUACCACUAGAGCUCCAUCUUGUUUUUCUUUCUGAGGUAAAAAAAAAAAAAAAAACCUGGAGUUUGAGGGACUCUAACUAGAUUGUUAAAAAAAAAAAAAAAUACAAGACUAAGUUCCAAUACCUAAAACUCCUGAAUCUUAGUUUCCUACACAAGGGUUGGCCAGACAGCUUGGUUGGUCAAGUUGCUUGUCAGUCUCUUCAGACGGAGUGAUAAUGUGAACAGGAGAUAGAAACUGGCCAGGCAGGGGCUGAAGAGCUACUCGUCAGCAACUAAACACACUUGCUACUCUUUUGAAGGGAUCCCAGUACCCAUGCGGUGGUUCCCAACUAUCAAUAACUCUUGUUUCAGGGGAUUCAACCUCUUCUUCUGGUCUCUUUAAGCACUGCACACAUGUGGCACAUACACAUACAUGCAGACCAGACACAUAAAAUAAAAACAAAACCUUAGGAAGGAAAGAAACAGGCCGGGCAGUUUCUAGGCAUUCCCAAUGUAUCCCUGGUUCUCUGGUCCUGUCCCCUUCCUAAGGGUUACACUUGAGGGUGGGACCUUUAGCCAGACACUAAUCCAUUUGUGGAUAGCUGUAGAAUUAGGUCCAUAGAUUUUUUCAUGAUAAAAUGGCUUAUAUCUGUUCCCCAAUUUUAGCCCAUCUCCUAAAUGAUUUUAGGGUUACCUCAUCAGAGGGGAGAAUUUACAGUAGCCUUAGUCAGGGCUCUUCUGAAUCUCAUUCAGAGAAAACCGUUGCCUUCUGGUCAGAAGAAUGGUCUAAGCAGAGACAUACCAUUGCAGGCUAACCACAGCAUGAGUUAAUCCAGUUGGACAGGUUCAUCGCCUGGCUAGUGGACUGCCCAUCAGGAAGGCAGAUUCACCUUCUCUAUGCUAAUGAGAUGGGAAGAAUAACUAUCCCUUUAAUGAGGUCAUAUACUUUUCCUUCCCAGAAUCCCUGCUAUCUAUACAGCCACUACAGAACCACCAUGAAAUGUCAUUUUCACUUUUUCCUUUUCGUUUUCUGCUUUGGCACUGGCCCAGGUUUAAGUACACACUCUCUAGUAUUCUGGGCUGUUUCUCUUUCUCCAUGUGGCUACAUGCUUACCUUCUACCUACUCAAAAACAGUGGCUUCUCUCUUCCUUUUCUCUAUUCCUUCUUCCGGGCAGUUUUGAUCCCCAUAACCCAUGGGGUAGAAGAAGAAAACCACUUCCUGCAAGCUGUCAUUACACACCACACACACACACACACACACACACACACACACACACAUACACACACACACAUUCAUGUAAUUUUUUUUUUUUUUUUGGUUCUUUUUUUCGGAGCUGGGGACCGAACCCAGGGCCUUGCGCUUCCUAGGUAAGCGCUCUACCAUUGAGCUAAAUCCCCAGCCCCAUGUAAUUUUUUAAAACCACGCCAAGUAGACCAAUGUUUACUCAUACCACAGAAGGAUAAACUGACCUUAUUUAAAACAACAACAACAACUUACGUGAAACACAUAUAUCCUGUGUGCAGCAAUCUACUCGUUAUAGGGUGUGUGUGUGUGCUUGCAUGCAUGUGUGUGUGUGUGGAGGAGGGGCAGUGCUUGUGACACACCUCACAACAAGAAAGAAGCAAAGCUCUACUGAGUUAAAUGGUCUCAGCACCAAAAGUGCUCAGAAGUGAUACCCGAACAAGACUUUAGGAAUCCACCCUUCGUUGUGUGUCACUCCAGUGUGUUUUCUCAGUUCUGUAGAGGAUUGAUUUUUAGGCAAGUGUAUUUUAAACUCCUUAAGUCUCGAACACCCAGCAGGCAGUAUCAAGUGCGCUAGUAUCAGGUCUCAGGAUGUCAGUGUUCACCAGGCUUGCUUUUGUUUCCAGACUCACCCAUGGCUGCAGAACAAAGCUGCCUGCUGGCAAUGGUGUGCACAUUCCAACCAGCCUGUGGCUGUGCACAGCCUUGAACAGCUAGCAUCGUGAGCACGUGUGUGCCAAGUCAAGUGCACUAGGGCACCAUACACAAAUGCUGCUUAGUUAACAUGCCAGACAGAGCUCAGGCACAGCUAAUGUACAGCCUGUGGUAGAUCCCUGUGCACCAUAAGCAAGUUGUUUAGCUUCUUUGAACGUCAGUUUCCUUAUCUAAAAAAUGGGCUGCCAUUAGGAUCAAAUGGUAUUUUUGUGAUAGUUGUCAGCUCAAUGCAUGGUCUCCUGACUGUUCUCGGGUGGAAACAGGUCACAAUGUAACAGACUUCUGUUGCAGUCAUGAUGCUCCUGCAGUCAGAAAGCAUGUUGGUUCUUUUUGGAAAUCAGUGUGCAACAGCUGGUUGUCCAUACUUUUGGUAAGUGUUCCAGAAGUGGUUGGUAAUUAGUUGACUUAACUUUGAAACAAUGACCUGUUCUUCUGGGUUGUGGGUGAGUUUAAUUGAAGAAUAAGAAGUUGUAAGAGUGGUAUUUUUUUUAAAGUCAUCAUCUGUGAUGGUUUAUCUCUCGAAACUAUAUUUCUCAACACUGUCCAGCCACAGCACUGUGAUUGUCCCUGACCAUUCUAUGCUGAUGCCGUGUGGUCUUGUGUUCCUGGGAAUGGCUUUGCCGUUGUAUUUACCAACAGACUUCAGAGUUAAAUGUUACCACUGUGAAGUUACCAAAUAAAUCUGAGUGAGUGAGA